CCGGUCAGAGUUUUUUUGGGAGUUGCUUGAGAAGCCAUUGCACUGUCGUGGCUCAGUAACAAAACACGAAAAAGGAGAGGAAGACUUGGCAUUUCGCUGGACCGGGAGACCAAUUUACAUGACAGAAAGAGCCAACACACUCUGUUAACUAAUCUACACAUAAAUAACGGGAUUCAACAGCUCCGGAUAUGUCUUUCAUAUUUGAUUGGAUUUAUAGCGGUUUCAAUAGUGUACUACAGUUGUUAGGACUGUACAAGAAAUCAGGCAAGUUAGUAUUUCUUGGCCUGGACAAUGCUGGCAAAACAACACUACUGCACAUGCUCAAAGAUGACAGAUUGGGACAGCAUGUGCCAACUUUACAUCCAACCUCGGAAGAGCUGACAAUUGCUGGCAUGACUUUCACAACCUUCGAUCUUGGAGGCCACGCACAAGCCCGAAGAGUGUGGAAAAACUACCUCCCGGCCAUCAAUGGCAUUGUGUUCCUUGUGGAUUGUGCAGACUUAAUUAGAUUGGGCGAAUCUAAAUCUGAACUUGAUGCAUUAAUGACAGAUGAGACUAUUGGAAAUGUGCCUAUUCUGAUCCUGGGCAACAAGAUCGACAGACCAGAGGCCAUCAGCGAGGAGAAGCUGAGAGAAAUGUUUGGAUUGUACGGACAGACGACAGGAAAGGGCACAAUUGCCAUGAAGGAGCUGAACACAAGACCACUGGAAGUGUUCAUGUGCAGUGUGUUGAAGAGGCAGGGCUACGGCGAGGGCUUCCGCUGGCUCUCACAGUACAUCGACUAAAGCAGCCACGCCCCGUAACACCGACACCACCACCAUCAUCAGGGGGGCGCUAAACCCGACCACUCAAGACGCCCAGCAAUGCCACCCGUACCAUCAUUCUCAGCCCCAUGUUUGGUUAAACAAGUCUGCCUCCACCUUCAGAGAGACCAGUUCAACUUGAUCCCAAUAGACUUUUAUUGGUCGAACAUUUGGUUCCGCACUUGCAGAAUUCAUACCUGUACGUGCACACACACACUCAUUUCCAUCUUUGUCUUUUUCUAAGGGAGUAUCAUAGCGUUGGUUCGACAGCAAAGGGUGUUCAAAUUCAAACGGAUGAAUCUUUUCUAUAUUGUGUCUUUUGUUUGCUUUCCUCUCUCCCUCCCUUCCUGCCAUCUGUUGAGUGUGAUGAUAGAUUCAUUAUAACUGUAAAUCAGAACAUGAUUCCAUCGCUUUAUCAACAAUCCCAGCUGCCUCUUCAUCUUAGUUCGAGCUACGAGAGAGCAACAUAGUUGUAUACAUUGCAGUACACUUUCUUUUUUCUUUGUAACAGUAAAGUCAUUCAUUCCAAAGUUGUAUUUAACCAACACAUUUUGGUUUGUCCUUUUUCUUUCUUUAAUUUGUUUUACUUUGACAUGAUUUCAGUAAAUAAACAGUGUGGCCACCUAUAUAGCCGUCACUAUGAAUGUGUGGCUGUUUUCACCCAUUUAUUAAAAUGGAACAGUGCAUUUAUCUUAGUGUAUUUUAGGUUUCUUUGAAGAUAAUACUUUUGUUCCUGACUUCUAUCUUAUGGGCACAGUAGAAUUGAAUGGAUUCCAGUAAGCUGUGAUGGGCUCCCCUUUUUUUUAAAGAGAAGCAUAGUUAAGCGGUAGUAAAGCGGGUGGAUGAAGAAUUUUAAUAGAAAGUAAUACUGGCUAUAACCCUGCAAGGUUUGAGGAAAUCGUGUAGAUAGCACAAUGAUCAGUGGAUGCGACGGAAACUAUUUAAGUAAAUGAAACUUUGGGACAAAUAGCUUGAUAACAUGCAGUAAGCGGUGAAGGGAGGAAAGAUGGUUGUAACACCUAGUAAUCAUCAAUAUAAGAAGUCCAUCCUACAGAUAUAUUUUCUGGCCUAGACCUUUGUACAGGGUGAAUCUAGUGACCAAGAGUAGAUAACGGAGGGCACAGUACCACAGCGGGAACAGGUAGAUAGGCCUCAGACACCUCUAAGAAAGGAACCAUAUAUAUGAAGUGUACAUGAACAUCGUACGCUGAUUUUGUACUUUAUAAGUGGUAUCCUUUUGAUCUAUGUGCAUUACCAGAAACUAUUAUGCAUGCCUUGUUCUUUUGAUUUUUAUUGACCCUUAUUCCAGAAUACAACAGGAGGGAAAAGAUGCCAAAAUGUACAAUGAGAGCUGAUUGUCAUGUUUUUUUUGUUUUUUUUACAGAAACAAUGGAAUUACGUGUAAUACACACUUUUUCUGUCCCUGUCCCUUAUUGUCUCUUUCAUUCCCUCAUGACUAAGUGAUGAGCUGUUUCAACAAGGGUGGGACUUGCUGUUGUUUGCAUCAUUAAAAUGUAAUAAAUGUUUUCAAUGAAUAACAGGCUUUAACAUUGAUCCAAAAUGCA